AUGGCCGCAGCCAUGUGGCUGGUGUCUGUGACGGCAGGAUUGCUGAUGGCGACCCUCUCAGCACGCUCAGGUCCUGUCACGCCAGCACUGCCUGGUGGCUCCAAUGGCAGCUUUGCUUCACGCCAUCCCCAGGACCCAGGUGCCAGGACCCAGUCAGUGAAUUCUCUGACACCAGAGCAGCGCCUGGGAGUCCGCCUGGUGGAAGGCAUCAAUCGUUGCAGAGGAACCGUGGAAGUGUGGCGUGCACUGUCCUGGACACCAGUGUGUGGGGUGUCCUGGAAUCGCAUUGCGGCCGAAGCCGUGUGCGCGUGUUGGGCUGUGGCGGGCUCGGGACAUUGGGCCAACUCGGCUGGCCCAGCUCUGAGCAGCAGCUCCCAUCGUCUGGUUUGGCAGCAGGCAAUGCCAGCGGAACCCCCCAAUGCACGCAUGAAGCCCUGGCACCGGGCUAUCCGGUGCAGCAGUGAUGAGUGGCAGCUUUGCAAGGUGGUGGAGGAGCCCUGCGGCGUGGACCAGAGACCUGCCCAGGUCUCCUGCGCAGAGACCCGAGCACUGCGUUUGAUGGACGGCAGCAGCCCAUGUGCAGGCCGGGUGGAGAUGCUGGAGCAUGGCAGGUGGGGCUCGAUCUGUGACGACAACUGGGACCUGCAGGAUGGCCAUGUGGUGUGUGGGCAGCUGGGCUGCGGCUGGGCCAUCCAGGCUCUGCCCGGCUUGUACUUCCCACCGGGGCAAGGGCCCAUCCACCGUGACCUGGUGAACUGCUCCGGAGACGAAGCCUUCUUGUGGGAUUGCCCAGGCCUGCUAGGCCGCAACUACUGUGGCCACAAGGAGGACGCGGGCGUGGUGUGCUCAGAGCACCAGUCCUGGCGCCUAACCCAGGGUGUCGACUCAUGUGAAGGGCAGGUUGAGGUCCACUUCCGAGGGGUGUGGAACACCGUGUGUGACAGCGUGUGGUACAAGCCGGAGGCCACCGUGCUCUGCCGGACUCUAGGAUGUGGCAACGCAGUAAAAAUACCCCCAGCCCAGCCUCACACGCUGCAGGGCCAGAUGUUCUAUUCAUGUAAUGGCAGCGAGCCUGCGCUCAAUCACUGCAACUGGCACUAUAACAACUCCAACCUCUGCAUCCAGUCGCUGGCAGCCAGGGUCCUCUGCCUCAGGAGGCGCAGAAUGAUUGGGGGUGCUUUCCAACAGGGUCCCGGAAAACUGCUCAACCUGACGACAUCUGAGGCCCCCACCACUGCUCAGCCGGUCACUGAGAUAUCAGCUGUGACCGUGGACACAGGCUCCUGGACCGCCAGGGAACUGUGGCUCCUCCUCUCCUGCGGGAUGCUGGGCAUCCUCCUCCUGUGCACAAUCCCCGCCAUCGCCGUGCUCAUCUAUAGGGGAAGGGAAACCUUCCCCGCUUCGGUGAACCACCAGCACCCAUCCACUAGCAACCAAGCAGGGACCAAUAGCUACUCUGAGGUCCCCAACAGCGCCCCCAAAGAAGUUCCCCUGCUGCCCGUCCAGGCUCAGGCCCCACCGCCCGCAGACUCAGACUCGGACUCCGACUAUGAGCAUUAUGACUUCAGCUCACAGCCACCCGUGGCCCUGAGCACCUUCUACAAUUCCCAGCGUCACCGCUUCACAGAGGAGGAGGCACAGCAAAACAGGUUCCAUCUGCCGCCUCUGGAGGAAGACACCCUGUCCCUGGGCCCUCAAUGCCCCAUCAGGCACAACAGCGCCUCUAGCACCUCGUCGGGUGAAGGUUACUGCAACAGCCCCCGCGGUGGAUUUCCUCCCUGGAACCCACCACCUCUCUCCUGGAGCAGCCCCCCUAAUUUGGAGCUGGCGGGCUCCCAGGGAAUGUUUUCAGCAGGACCCUCAGUUGAUGACAGCUCCAGCACCUCCUCUGGUGAGGAGUGGUACCAGAACUUCAAGACCUCACCUCAGCCACCUCUGGGGGAACAGUUUGCAAUGUCAGGGUUCACUAGUUCACAGCCUGAGUUCACCUACAAUGAAGACUAUGAUGACAUCGGAGCCCACCUAGCUAGCCCAAUGGCGGGGUACACUCCCUUCUGGGACUCUGAGGUCCCUUCAGGUGCUGCUCUGUGGUGCUGGGGAUCACCCGGGUCACCAGCCAGCUCACGGGACACCAUGGAGGUGCUAGAGAUGGAGGUGGGUGGCAAGUACCCCGAUCCUGGGAGCUCCCCCCAUGGACAACUCCCCUUUGGCCGCUCUUCCUUGCUUUUACCCCACCCUUUGGAGAUCCCCAAGGGCCAGUUGUGA